AGAGGCACUAUGAAAGUUCAUGUCCAUCGGGAAGAAGGAAGCUUGUGUGAGGCCUACCUGGCGUUAUAGAACAAUUCUGAGAGCAUGCCUCGUGUUUUUGAUGAAACCCAGCGACUAUCCAGGACUGGGAAAAGCCUUUAUGCAGUGCUGGAACUAAAGAAGGGUGCCCAGGAUGAAGACAUCAAAAAAGCCUACAGGAAACUGGCCUUGCAAUAUCAUCCAGACAAGAAUCCAGGGAACCCUCUAGCAGAAGACAUCUUCAAAGAGAUCAACAGAGCCCAUGCCAUACUCACUGACCAUACAAAAAGGAAGAUCUAUGACCGCCACGGCUCGCUAGGGUUGUACCUGUAUGACCAUUUUGGUGAAGAAGGUGUCCGAGUCUACUUUAUAGUGAACAGUUGGUGGUUCAAGACACUCGUUAUCCUUUGGUGCCUGCUGACUGGUUGUUGCUGCUGCUGCUGCUGCUGCUUUUGCUGUGGUAAACUUAAUCCAUCAGCCCAGGAAGAAGCCGAGAAUCAACAAACGAAUGUCUUUUCUCAGCCUUCAAGAUCAAAAACACAAGAUAUUGAAGCAGAGGAUCAAGAUGUGCCGAUAAUUAAGGAAGCGUGAAGAGGUGUGGGGUGCUGGCCCAGCAAGGGACUCUUGACACUCAGCCCAUUGGAUAUAUUGAAGAGAGAAGCAAGUAGUCCUGUUCCGACACUGACCCAGAUUUGACUCCUGUUCUUAAAAACAAUCCCUGCUUCAGAAGCUAUGAUGACAUUCAUCCUAGUACGGACAUCUCUGCCCUCCAUCGUGCCACAGAGCCUGUCCCCAUAGAACCUUCUAGCUGCUCUUCUUUUUAGUCUUAUCUCCACUCCCAUCUUUAUCCACAUGCACUCUCAAGCAGUGUUGGCAGCUGUUUGCUGAGUGGGUACAGCUUUCUCCAGUGGGUGCCUGGGUCAAUGUCGGGUAGGCCCCUGAACACUUACCAAUAACUUCAUCAGGAUCCCUGAUCACCAAACAAGGUGUCUCCCAUCCCAAAAGCUGUUGCACCAAUUAAUCCUCCUUUGUUGGAACACUGCACACCAAGAACUUUUAGCACAGGCCUCAUUUCUUCACAACACCUUUGGAAGGCUGGUCUCACCAUCUUCCGGUACCUAUACCACUGGCAUCGACACCCCAUUCAUAAGACAGUUUGGGAAACUUGCGUUUGUGGCUUCCUCUUGGACCUCAGCCCCAUCCUUAAACCCAUUAUCAGCUGUGGUCCUGUGGAUGGGCUGCAGCCUGUACUCCAGUCCUGCUGCCUCUGUCCCUCAGGAUACCUCACGCAGAAUGAUGCCCUUAUAUCUUGUUGUUAACACAGGGGCGUGAAAUGUGAUGGGGACAGAUGGUAAGCAGGAGACCUCACUUAGCCUCUUGGUGCGUUGGCUUGGCAUCCUCUCUGUAUCCUGCUUAAUUGUUUCUUUCUUACCCAUGUGGGGUCAGGGCCUAGGAACCAUCAAACCUCUCUGUACUCAUGGGAAAAAAGCUAAGGAAUGUCAAUUAAUAAAAAA